AUGGGAGAGCAAGAGAGACCGAGUGACAUUAUACAGGUCAUUGAGCCUGAGAUUGUGAUAAGCUGUCGUUGUGAAUGGUCUCAUCCUCAGGACAACGGGCCAGCAGUGUCCUACUGGUUCCCACACAAGACAUUCUGGGUGACCCUCAGUGCCACUCUCCUCCCUGUCAUCAUCGCCCUCAGCGUCACGGGGCAUCUAUGGCUCAGACAGCCGGACGAAGAGUCUUUACAGGUUGUUAGAAUCACAGUUCCGGAUCAGACUGGAACCCUGAUCAAUCGAUCAGCAUUGGUGGACAAGCACAACAACCUGGUGACCUAUUCUGUGACCUCACAGGCCAACCACACGUCCACCGUGCUCUUUGAUGUCAAACAUGGUUUGAUAUGUUACAAGCCUGAGAACCGGGAUACUUGCUUCCUGCGUAAGAUGGAGAGAUCUGAUUAUGAAAAUGUGCACUCCCUCCUCCAGCAAUCAACACAACAGGUAAAGAUGUUGGUGUUGUUGGGGAAUGAGACCCAGAGACAGACAGAGUUUCUGGGGGUGAUGGGGGGCAGUCAGGUGGACGUGCCCACCCUGGAGGAUCCUCUACAGGCCCUGUGUCAAAAAUGCUAAAUACACAUUCACUUGCCUUGACAUUUACAAUGACAUAAGCAUUAGAGAUGAAACUGUGAAGCAUUUUAUUUUAAAGCGUGUCAAAUGUUAUAUUCAAUUCUGAGAAGUCAAUAGUCAUACAAAGCAAAGACCUGAGCCCUUUUGUUAAACAAGUUCCUUGCUCCCCGUCUGUGUGCUGGCAGAUGUUUCCAGAAUAGAGUAGCUCCCUGUCUGUGUGCUGGCAGAUGUUUCCAGAAUAGAGCAGC